CUACGUCUUUAUCGUGAGCGACCCCAAGGUGGAAUUUCUUCUCAGUGGUCUGUGGCCGUCGGCCCUACAGCCGAUCAGUGGGAGGCUUUCAUAAAUUCUCUUUCGUGUCAACCGACCGCAGGUUCCGGACGUCCUGGCCUCUGUGACGAGGAGGAGGCGGAUUUACAGUGUUUUCUACGUCACGAUCUUUUCGAUUUGGUCUCGCAAUCUCUGGGUGAGCUGUACACCACAAAUCCGGAGCUGGAUUCCAGUCACCUGCGCGCCAAAGAGACUCUCGAAGUCAAUUCUUCUCUGGGUGGCUGGGCCCGAAUAAAUAAAAUGCGUCGCUGUCGAAGAAGGCGUCGAAAGCAAUCGUUGAACUCCGGGAUGGCUGCUAAUUCUACAGGCCCUAGUGCUGCCACCGGAGAAGCUCUGUCGCCGACUGCCCGACUUCGUGACGGAAACGGAGCUUCCGGCCCUAGUGCUUCCACCGGAGAAGCUCUGUCGCCGACUGUCCGACUUCGUGACGGAAACGGAGCUUCCGGUACCGCUGGCCUAUCAGCAACCUGCGUUCUUGAUAACAAGGAUCAAAUGAUCAGAUCUGGCUUAGUUGGGAUGAGUAAACCCUCGACAGUGCCGUCAAGGCGACCGGCAGAGGGCAGCAACAACAGUUGUUUGCAGACACCAGCCUUGUCUGGCGUUCAGUUGGCAACUGUACCCUUCUGCAGCAGCUUUGAGUGCGGAUCGUCGACUUACACAGACCAGAAUGUAAAGGCCUCUAGCGCCGCAGCACCCUUUUUUCUUCAACAACAACAGCAACAGAAACAGCGUUUAUCACAUCUCCAGUCGCCAGCAGAUUCCUCACCUAUGUCCGCUGGAACGCCUGUUAACGAGAAUACAAAAUCCGCCUCAUCGGCAGACACUCCGCUCUAUGCUGCAUCCACGCCAAUGCUUGUGCGGGACACAUCUUUAGGAUCCGGCGCGUUGGGUAAGUUAACUUUUUGA